CAAGGUCAAUGUCAACAGAUCAUCAACAUUAUUUUUUUUUUUUAAUUAAUUAAUUACUUAAUAAUAAACAGUGAAUUUAAUUAUAAAAAAAAAUUAUCCCGAUCAAUUAUUAAUUAAAUUUUUUCUAUAUUUAAAAAUAUUUUUGUAUUAAAUCAUUUUAAAAUAAUUAUUACAUUUUGGAGUAUUUAAUCAACAUCAAAUUAUAAUAAUAAAAAUGUUGAAUAAAAAAAAAAAUUAAUUUAUAAAUUUUUUAAUAUAAAAGUGGGGAUUAAAAAUAUGCGCAAAGUAAAAUGCGCGGUUCGAAAAAAGAAGAAGAAAUGAGAACCUGUCUGUCAUUUUUAGUUUGGUGUGGUUGAGCGCGUGGUUAAACUUGUACAUAAACCACGCUUCAUUUUUUUUUAUCACCACAACACGUGAUACUGUCUUAAAAGUCAGUAACGAUAAGUAAUUUAUAUUGUAAUAUUAUACGUAAAUAAUGACGUCGUUGGUUUAUAAAAAUUCAAUGAAGGCCAUUAGUCGGUUUGUUCCUGAAAAACUUCAACCUUUGUGGAAUCAUCCGGCAGGUCCACAAACAAUAUUUUUCUGGGCACCAAUGUUUAAAUGGGGACUUGUUAUUGCUGGCCUAGGUGAUCUUUCAAGACCAGCUGAAAAAAUAUCAAUUAGUCAAUCAGGUGCUUUGGGACUCACUGGAUUAAUUUGGACAAGAUAUUCUGUUGCAAUCACACCUAAAAAUUAUAGUUUAUGCAGUGUUAAUUUUUUUGUUGCAUGCACUGCUUUAUAUCAAGUUGCACGAGCAAUCAAAUACCAAAGAGAUCAAGAAGCAAUUGCAGCAGCAGCAGCUACUAAUCAUUGAUAAAAAAAACAUUCCUAGAUAAUAGCUAAAAAUUUAUUGUGCUAUUUGCAAAUGCAUUGGCCAAUUUUACAAUUACAUUUCUAAUUCAAUGAUUACAAAUAACUCGACCAUUUUUAAAUAAAUUUUUUAGAUAGCGACGUAAUUUUUAAAACGAAAAAUUGAUUAAAAUAUUUGACGAUAUGAUAUUUAAUAUAUCAUCAAUACUGUUGAGUCUCACUACACUAUUUCUAUUUAUUUUCUAAUAAUGCUCAAUUAUCAAUUCUUGAUACACAUAUAAUUACUCAAUAUUUAAAUAAAUUAAAUAUCCAGAUAAUUAAGACAACAUGUGCCAUUAUUGAAUAAACAUUUUAUUAAAUAAAUAUUUAUCAAUCAAAUAAUGGUAUAAUAAAUUAAGUUAAACACAUAAAAAAAAUGGCUGUUUUCGAAUCAAAUAAUAUUUAGUAAUCAAUAAUUUAAAUAGAAUUUUAUUUUAUAUACAUUUAUUUUUUUUGUGUUUAAUUUAAUAAAUGUGUUGGCUUUUUUGUUUGGCUAUUGCCUCGUACACGAACAAAUAAAUUAUUAUAAAAUAUCAGACAUUAUUAUAAAAGAAAGAUUAAUAUAUCGUUUAUAAAAUAUUGUGCUAUACAAUAAUUAUCAACUGAUAAAUAAUUAUUGUUAAUUUAAUAUCAAAGAUUAUAAUUUGUAAAGUACUCAAAAAAUAUUUUCAAAUGUAUACUUUUGUUUAUUAGAAAAAAUAAAAAAGAAAAAAACAAUUUUUAUGAUUUUUAAAAUUGUAUUACAUCAAAUGUUUAUUCAAAAAAUUUAUUUAAUUUUUCUAUUUUGUCAAAUGACAAAAUAAUAUUCAAAAACAAUUAUAUUUUUUGCGCGCUUUUCACCAUUUUGUAUUCUCUAAAAAUAAUAAUAAUAAUUUGCGCGGAAUGGCACAUGCGCAAUUUUAAUUGAGAAUAAUCAUAUAAAAAAAACAAAUAAAUUAUUAAUUGUUAUUAAUUAAGGAAAAUCAAACUGGCCUUUAAAUAAAUAAAACAUUUAUUUAAAUAAUUAAGUGUUAGAAUACCGUGCUGUUUUUCAUUUGAGAAAUGGGAAUUCCCAAAAAAAAUU